AUGACAGAAUCGGUCGUUGUCGAACGACUGGAAGGCGCUCCACUACCGUCUUUUCGGCUGAAAGACUAUGCCAAAGUUGCAGGUCUUGAACUUGACUUUGAUCCGGAUGCGCUACUAGAGAAGUACAGAGCGGAACGCGACAAGCGCUACAACAGCCUGGGCCUUGACCAAUAUCGGCUGGUAAGGUCUGGUCUGAACGACUUCGUUAGUGACCCAUGGGCAAACCCCGAUUACAGGCGGGAUCCCAUUAACCAUGUCUACGACGUACUUAUCAUUGGGGGUGGCUUCACGGGUCUUCAGGUCGCCGCUCGCUUGAUUACACUUGGGUAUCAUAACAUCUGCAUUGUUGAGAAAGUUGACGAUAUUGGGGGUACUUGGCAUUGGAAUCGUUAUCCAGGUGCUCAGUGCGAUAUCGAGUCCUACAUGUACAUGUCUUUGUUGGAAGAGAUAGAUUAUGUACCUAAGAAGCAAUAUGCUCGAGGACCAGAGUUGUGCAAGAAUGCUCACGCCAUCGCGGACCACUACAACAUCCAGCCGAAAGUUUUAUUCCAGACAGAGACACAAAAGUUGAUUUGGAACGACGAAACCUGCCUCUGGAAGGUAGAAACAAACUGGAACGACAGCAUUCAUACCAAAUGGGUAGUACCAGCUCUGGGGCCUUUGCAGGUGCCCAAGUUUCCGGGUGUUGACGCUCAAAAGUUUAAGGGGAAAGCGUUCCACAGUUGUCGAUGGGACUAUAAGUACACCGGAGGUAGCCCUGAGAACCCCCAGUUAACCGGUCUCAAAGACAAACGGGUUGCAGUCAUUGGAACCGGUGCAUCGGGUGUCCAAGUCAUUGCCGAGGUGGGAAAAUGGGCUAAGGAGCUAGUAUACGUUGUUCAGCGUACCCCCUCUUCCAUCGACGAACGACGCAACCAAGAAACGGACGUCGAGUGGGCCAAAUCCUUGCCUAAGGUUUGGCAGACAAUCCGAAUGGAGAACUUUUCAUCUAUCAUCAAUGGGGAAGGCGUUAAGAAGGAUAUGAUAAAGGAUGGUUGGACAGAGAUUCUGACCAGCUUGGCAGGAUUCUUCGGCACAAGUGACGGCAAUGCUCCUAACGCAGAACAGAUUGCUGCACGCAUGCAGAUCGUCAAUUUCAUGAAGAUGGAGUCAAUUCGCAAACGUGUGGACUCCACAGUCAAGGAUCCCAAGACUGCUGCUGCCCUCAAGCCAUGGUACAGCCAAUCCUGCAAACCCCCUUGUUUCCAUGACGAGUAUCUGCCUAACUUCAACAAUCCCAAUGUGAAGCUCAUUGAUACGGAUGGAAAAGGCGUCGAAGCCAUCACCGAACGAGGGUUUGCAGCCAAUAGUGAAGAAAUCGAAGUUGACUGCAUCAUCUACACAACCGGAUUCGAGUGGAACACGGACUUCAGCAAGAGGACUCGGACGGAAAUUAUCGGCGUUAAUGGAGGGAUUUCUACGUUGCAUGGUUGGGCAGUCAAUGGUUUACCCAACAUGACGUUGCUCACCAUCGCGCAAGCUGGAGGAACUCCCAACUUCACGCACAAUAUAUACAUGGCUGCCGAACACCUCACGUACGUUAUGAACACAGUCAAAGAGCGUGGAAUUGUGGGCCUCGAACCUACUCAUGAAGCUGCUAAGGCGUGGGUCCAGGAAGCGGUCGAUUGUGGAGCGUCUCGACGCAAGUUCUUGGCAGAAUGUACCCCGGGUUUCUACAAUGACGAGGACAAGCUGGACGACAAGACAUUCCGCAAUCAGUCGUAUGAUGGGGGUGGUAUUAAAUACAAUGCUGUUCUCAAGAGGUGGAGAGAAGAUGGUAAAAUAGAGGGCAUGGUGGCUCGUUAUGCUUCUGAGCAGAAGAAGUUGAAUGGGAAGUGA